ACCCAGAAAUUCAAAUUAAAAUUACAAGUAACAGUCAUUGGAGUUUCCCUCUACAGCCUCACCGACUUUGUAAAGCUCAACUUCAGCUUCAACCGACAGUAGCCCACAGAUUCACCAACCGAAAACCCAUCACCACCACCUUCACAGCAACCCCCCCCCCCCCCCCCCCCCCCCGCCCGUCGAUUUUCGCUGCCUUCAUCUGCCAAUGAAGUCCUACUCUGUGGAUCCAAGAAGAUGGCUAAUGCCAUUAUUCAUCCUCGCCAUACUCUCCCUCUUGCUUAUUCUUACGAUUUCUUACUCUAGAUCACCUAUGCCUACUGGCGAUUCUCCAAAUCAGCCGAAAUCUAGCUUUCCUGACCGGAAUUUCGAUGACCCAUUUGGGCUUCCGAAGUUACCGAGGUUUGCUUAUUUGAUUUCUGGCACCAAAGGGGAGGGUGCACAAGUGAAACGACUUCUUCAGGCGGUGUAUCACCCGAGAAAUUACUAUCUACUGCAUCUCGAUCUGGAAGCAUCGGAUGCUGAGAGGCUGGAGCUUGCCAAGUAUGUGAAAUCGGAGGGUCUGAUUGGGGUGUUUAGGAAUGUUAUGGUUAUUGGUAAUGCAGAUUUGGUGACAUAUAAAGGACCAACUACGAUUGCUAGUACGCUUCAUGCGAUUGCGAUUUUGCUGAAGCAGGCAGGCGAUUGGGACUGGUUUGUUAAUUUGAGCGCGUCGGAUUAUCCUCUAAUGCCUCAAGAUGAUAUCUUGCAUAUCUUCUCAUACUUGCCUAGGGAUCUGAACUUCCUCGAGCACACAAGUAGUAUUGGUUGGAAAGAGCAUCAAAGAGCAAGGCCUAUUAUUAUAGAUCCAGGAUUAUAUCAUUCAAAGAAAUCCGGUGUAUAUUGGGCCAAGGAGAAAAGGGCUUUGCCUGCUUCUUUCAAAUUAUUUAUGGGAUCUGAAUGGGUGGUGCUGACGAGGUCAUUCCUUGAAUUCUGUGUUUGGGGAUGGGACAAUCUUCCCCGCACUCUUCUCAUGUAUUAUACAAAUUUCUUGUCAUCUCCUGAGGGUUACUUCCAUACUGCAGUGUGCAACCACAAGGAUUAUCAAAACACUACAGUAAACCAUGACUUGCAUUACAUAAAGUGGGAUAAUCCUCCAAAGCAGCAUCCAAUAUCACUAGCUCUAGAGUAUUUUGAAGACAUGGUUGAAAGUGGUGCCCCUUUUGCCCGUGAAUUUGCGAAGGAUGACCCAGUUCUCAGCAAAAUCGAUGAAAAACUUUUGAAGAGAUCAUAUGGACGGUUUACUCCAGGUGGUUGGUGUGUGGGAAAUACUUUAUUAGGCAAAGAUCCUUGUGUUGCCUAUGGGAGUCCAAAUGCUAUCAAACCAACUGUAAGUUCUAAGAGGCUAGAAAAACUAAUAUUGGCACUUCUUGAUUCUGAAAGUUUCAGAUCGAAACAGUGUAAAUAGUUUGUGAUAAAGCUUUAUUCUUUUCACAUGCAUAAAUGCUUUACUAAUCCUGUUUUGCGGGUC